AUGGCCAACUUCAACGGGCGCCGCGCCCCCAACUUCUCCGAAUACCUGGAUGACCUGAACGCCAUCCCGUCGCCCUACGAUGAGGCUGUGCAGCAGCGCCAGCAACAAAACGCCUUCAACCUCGAUGAAGAACUGGCGCUCUUCACCAACACCGAAUUCUUCGAUUUCGACAAGUUCAACGACCUCAGCCUGCCUACAUUCGAUUCGGUGGAGAAGACAUCGCCCGUUGAGGCCAUCGCAGAACAGUCUACACAAAAUGCAGACAUGAAAUUUUUGGACUUUUUGAAUGAUGGUUUGGGUAACAUGCCCGAGUAUCAGCACGAGCUGAACCCCGUGAACGCGUCGGUGCCCGUGCAGAACGCGUCUUACUCGAGGGUCCCCUCUGUGUCCCACGCGCAUAUAGCGGUUAAUCCGGCUCCCGCUCAAAAUUUGCCCUUGACCGCCCCUCAGAGCGUGGCCUCCACGCCUGCUCAAAAUGCCGUGACCCCUCCCGCACCUGCCGCUGGCCCGAAGCGUAAGCACACCCAGAAGUCGACCCAGGCUAGCGCCGAGGAGGCUGCCCAUGUUGCUGCUGAGGAGGACAAGCGUCGCCGUAACACCGCGGCCAGCGCUCGGUUCCGUGUGAAGAAGAAGAUGCGUGAGCAGGCUCUGGAGCGCAGCCUCAAGGAGACCACCGACAAGAACGACGCCCUCGAGGCCCGUGUUUCUCAGUUAGAGCUUGAGAACCACUGGCUUCGGGGCCUGAUCAUGGAGAAGAACGGCACCGAGGAGCGCAACGAGGCGUCUGAGAAGGCGAUCUCUGAAAUGUUCAAGAGUUUCCUGGCCUCGCGCCAGCCCGACUCAAGUCUUUCCGAGUCAAAGCACGGCGUCGGCACCACUGCGUAA